AUAUAUAUAUAAUGGCGCGAUAUUGUUCUUACCAGUAAAUAGCGAAUGGAAGUAGAAGCAUUACAUACCUAUGUGCACUUACUUGUUUCUUUACCUUUGACAGCUCGAUUGCCGGAACGAAGUUGGUAGUUUUGUAAUGAGUUCUUUGCUUUCAAGGUAGAAUUUAGGAAAGGAUAAAUUAUUUUUUCGUAGUAUUCUUGAGAAUUUAUAUUAAAAGAUGGAGGACGUUCUCGAAGAGGUUGUUUCUUCUGAUGAUUUAAAGAAAUUUGAACGUAUAUAUAAUGAGCAAUUACGUUCAUCAGUAAUAACACAAAAAGCUCAAUUUGAAUAUGCAUGGUGUCUUGUUAGAAGCAAAUAUCCUGCAGAUAUCAGAAAAGGAAUAAUGUUAUUGGAAGAUUUAUAUUGCAAUCAUAGUGAUAGCGAAAAACGGGAUUGUCUUUAUUAUUUAGCUAUUGGAAAUGCUAGAAUAAAGGAAUAUACAAAAGCUUUAGCGUAUGUCAGAUCGUUUCUUCAGGUUGAACCUGGAAAUCAACAAGUACAGCAUCUGGAAACAUUGAUCAAGAAAAAAAUGGAAAAAGAAGGACUUUAUGGUAUGGCCAUUGCAGGAGGAGUUAUUAUUGGUCUUGCAAGUAUUCUCGGCCUCAGCAUUGCUAUGGUCAAAAGAAACUAAUUAUUUCAUGUGAAAAAAUCUGUAACUAUUGUGUGAUGUGAAAUAGUUGCUUUGUACAACGUGUUAUAUAUAAUUUAUUGAUUGAAAUAUCCAAAGAUUUCAUUAAAAAAAGAAAAAAAAAGAAAAAGAAAAAAAAGAAAUAGUCAUUUUGUGAAAAUUAAGUAAACCGCGAUGCGAUUCGUAAUGUAGAAUCUCAAAUUUGUUUUUACAAGAAAGAUAAACAAGUCAUACGUACUAAAUAUCAUUUUUGUCGAUAUGUGUAUUAUUUUCCAGAUUUUCGUAAAAUCAUUUGUACUUGUGUAUUAUAAAAUCAUAUGUAAUCUUUUUUUAAAGUGUGAAAAAUAAUUUUUUAAUAAUAAUAUGUUACAUUAAUUUUUGAAAGACAUUCCGAAUGUUUCGUGUUUUGCUAUUUAGUUGUUUGCAUUAUAGUGCUUCGAAUUUUUAUAUAAAUCUGCAUAUAUUUUAAAACAUAUAUUUAUUCCAAAACCUCAGUGCACAUAAACAUAACUUUUGUAUAUAAAAGUAAAACUAUUGUAUUAUUAUAUUUAUGUCUAUUGUUACUUAAAUCUUUCGUGAAAUAAAUAUCAGUAUUACGAUUACUGAUUUGUAUUCCA